GUAAUUUCAGGGGCAGAGCUUUCGCCGCGGCUGUCUGCCUGAGGCGAGGCCGGGAAAAGUUGCCGCCUGGGCUGGCGCAGGGUACUUCGCGACGGUCAGAGAGUAAUUCCUGCGCUGCCAAAAGCCACAGCCUGACAAAUCUAGGAGAUGCUUCCUGCACUGUGGCUUACUUGUUGGAUUUCUGCCAUUCAUUUUUCAUUCAGCUGUUGUUUAAACCUUCCUAUCUAUUUGCCUAAAGGACAGCCAGGAACUAUCUCUUGUCCACUACGUGUCCAAUAUAACUAUACUGUGACUUGGUACAGAAAUGAUAGUGAUGUACCCAUAACUACAGAUAACUACUCCCGGGUCCAUCAGCAAGGAAACUUGCUUUGGUUUCAUCCUAUGAAACUAGAAGAUUCUGGAAUGUAUCAAUGUGUUUAUAAUUCAACAAGAGCUAACAGAAACCUAAUAGUGUUUGAGAACAGCAUUGGAUUGUGUUUUAAUACAGAAAUGGCUUAUAUACAGAAACUUCCGUUGCAUCACAGUGGGAGGCUGACUUGUCCAGAUCUUCAUAAUUUCAGAAAUUAUGAACAUGCUCCACUUGUUUUACAAUGGUAUAAGGCAUGCCAUUUGCAUUUAUAUGAAGACUGGAAAUUUCAGAGUUUUGGAGAACAACUUUUAAUUAAUAAUAUAACUAAGGAAGAUGAAGGAAUUUAUAUAUGCAAAGCUAAACAUACGCAUAUGGGAAAAGAAUAUAAUAUUUCACGGGCCAUUAAUCUAACUACUUUUGAACAAUCAAAGGGAAAUAUAGAGAUAAUUUACCCAAACAACAACUCAGUUGAAGUAAAACCAGGAUCCAGAUUUGAGCUGGUGUGUAAUGUCUCAGUAGAUCAUCUGGAUAUGGUAUUUCUAGUAUGGGAGUUGAAUUAUAUGAGUUUAACAAACAUAGAUGAGAAGUAUAAGAAAGACACUUUUUCUGGAAAAAUAAUAAAAGAAGCAACUUACAAUAUUUCCAAAAUGAAAGACAGAGAUUAUGGAAAAUAUUUUUGUGCUGUAUGGAGCUUUCGUGAGAAAAAAGUAGCAUAUGUAAUGCUAAAACAUCCAGCUCCAAAUAUUCAGAUUUAUCUGAUCGGAGGACUUGUUUCACCAUUGUUUGUUAUACUAGCAGCACUGCUUACUUACAAGUUUUUCAAAGUUGACAUUGUCCUUUGGUACCGGGAUUCCUGCCGACAUCUCAGUAAAGGAAUUGCAGAUGGAAAGGUCUAUGAUGCAUAUGUGUUAUAUCCCAACAUAUCAAGCUAUGUAUAUUUGACUGACACCUUUGUUUUAAAAUUAUUACCUGAAAUCCUAGAAAAACAGUGUGGCUACAAGCUCUUUAUUCUUGGAAGGGAUGAUGUGCCAGGGCAAGCUGUCAUUACUAUUGUGGAUAAAGUGAUCAAGCUAAGCAGAAGAGUGAUCAUCAUUUUAAUGCCAGAUCUAUAUUGCAGCAGCAUGCAGAGUUCGGUCGGUGAACGGGAAAUUGCAGUCUACAAUACUCUUAUCCAGGAGGAAACUAAAGUCAUAUUGAUUGAGCUAGAGAAAAUAAAAGAUUUCAAGAGUAUGCCAGAAUCUCUGAGAUAUCUUAAGCAAAAGCAUGGCAUACUCACAUGGAGGGGAGAUUUUACAGAAACCACUGAAAUGGCAACUACAAGGUUUUGGAAAAAUGUGAGAUAUCAGAUGCCAGCCAGCCGAAACCCACUUUCCUCAGACUUGCAUUUUUUGCCAAUAACUUUUCACUCUUUUCAGAUAUCAGAAGGAUGAUGUCAAACUCUUGCAAUAUUUGCUUGAAAUUUAUUCCAAUGAAUCCUUAUGGAUAUGUAAACAUGUGCUCCUGCUAAGGGUUGUUGAAGGCUGGGAUCGACAGAAACAUAAUUUGGAUACUUCAGAAAAUAAUUUUCUGAAAGAUUAUUCAGCCAUAGACUGUGAGCUUUCUUUUGAGGAGCAUGAGUUACUUGGGCAAGUGGCAAGAUAAUGUAAAUGCUUGAAGAGGAAGAAAAUUAAAUUGUUCUUGCACACCAUUAUUUUACAUGCAAAAUAAGUGAGUAUGUAGGGACGUAUUUGUUCUAUAUGAAAACUUUAUAUGAAGAAGUUCCAGCACUGAAGUUGCUAACUACAAAUCUUUCAUUUUAGUCAUUAACAAGGAUUUAAUCCUUGUAUCUCAAGCCUUUUAUGGGUGAGCUCUCCAAGCUAGUCCUUCCUUUAGCUGGUACCCUUCCUAGACUUCCCAUUGAAAAGCAUCCUGUAUGGCUGUGAGUUGAUGACCAGGCAUAUCCCAAGGGGAGGUCUUCCUUCUAUGUCCUCUGAACAACAGUGCCUAUACUGUACUCCUUGGCCUGUACUGCCUUAAUUAAAUGGAAUAUUCAGGUUACUUGCCAAAGAAACAUUUCAGUAUGUAUUUCCUCUCUAUAUAGAGUUAUAUUGCUAUAUUAAAUGUUAUAUUGUUAUAUUAAAUGCAGCAGUACGAGUGGUUAUGUGUGUUUCUGGUAAAACACAUGUUAUACCUCUGCUUCAUGAGCUGCACUGGGUACCAGUUUGUUUCUGGGUCCCAUUCAAGUUGCUGGUGUUGACCUUUAAAGCCCUUCAUGGCGUGGGACUGGGCUUUUGAGGGAUCACCUCUGACCAAUUUCAUCUGCCCAUCCCACCAGAUCCAGCAGAGAGGGCAUGUUAUGGGUUCCAUUGUCUAGGGAGCUACAUUUGGCAGGCCCUAGGUGGUGGGCCUUCUCUGCUGUGGCACUUGCAUGGAAUCUUCUCCCUGCUGAAGUGAGGUUGGCCUCAUCACUUCUGAGUUUCCAAAGAUCCCUCAAGACCUGGUUAUGCCAGCAGUCCUGGGGACCUCAGGGGACAGGUGAACUAGGGAGGUGGCUCUGUUAUUAUUAACAUCCACCACCUACUAUUUUUGUAUUAGCUCUGUUUUCUAGUUUUUACUGUUUUUUAAUGAUAAUAAUGAUUUUAGGUAUUUAUUAAUGCUUUUAGCUCUGUUGUACGCUGCCCAGAGUCACUGGUUUUGUGAAAUGGGCAGCUAUAUAAAUUACACAAAUAAAUAAAUAUUCCAAAUGCACUACAUAUGGGAUGUAGUACAUUCCAUAUACUAUGGGUAUUACUACAUUAUCUCCCAAGGAGAAAAAUGGAAAAGUUGCUAAGUACAAAUCUGCCUUCAUUAUAGCCAUUAGCAAGGCUAUAUUUAAAUAAACUGCCUUACCAGAAAGUAAGUGCAAAGCAUGCUUUUAAUUUUAAUUUUAAACCUUUUUUUAAUUAAAUGGAUUAUUUUGAAUUGAAUGAGUUGACAAUAGUUCAGAAACAAUUGUUAAGUUUCAAAUCAGCUCUAUGUGUAGCUAAGCGUAAGCAAUACAAAUGUGUCACAUUAUUUUCAGAAAUCGUGUUUUCUGGAUGGGAACCCAGGUUUAAUAGUUUGUCCAAAUAAGACUAAAUGUUUUAAAAAUAAUUCAUCUUUGUAUAAUUUGGGAACAACUGUACAAUUAUUCCUAUACUAUUUUUAUCAUUAUGUAAUAAUUCUUAUAAAUCACAAAAUAAAGUUACUCCUAUGAAGUCUU